AUGCAGGGUGCAGCCAGGGCCGCCACGGGCAGGUGGUCCUCGGCGUGCACGGAGCCCCCCCGCAUGCACCGGGACCCCAACACACCCGCUGCCCUGCAGAGGAGGGGGCACCGGGGACCCACGACCGGGCAACGCAGGGAAAGUCCCCCCGGGAAAGCCAGCACGGAGCAGCCGCCCCAGGGCGCAGCAGGGAAGUACCGGCUGAGACUCCGAGGAGGCGAUUUUCUCCACCUGGCGAUUAUUCACGAGGAAAAAGCCCUGAGCCUGGAGGUGAUCCGGCAGACGGCAGGGGACCGUGCCUUCCUCAACUUCCAGAACAACCUCAGCCAGACCCCUCUUCACCUGGCAGUGAUCACCGAUCAGCCCGAAAUCGCUGAGCAUCUUCUGAAGGCUGGAUGCGACCUGGAAAUCAGAGACUUCCGAGGAAACACGCCCCUGCACAUUGCCUGCCAGCAGGGCUCCCUCAGGAGUGUCGGCGUCCUGACGCAGCACUGCCAGCCGCACCACCUCCUCGCCGUCCUGCAGGCCACCAACUACAACGGACAUACAUGUCUCCAUCUGGCAUCUAUUCAAGGAUACCUGGCUAUUGUCGAAUACUUGCUGACCUUGGGAGCAGAUGUAAAUGCUCAGGAGCCGUGCAAUGGCAGGACAGCACUACAUCUGGCUGUCGACCUGCAGAACCCAGACCUGGUGUCGCUUCUGGUGAAACACGGCGCCGACGUGAACAAAGUGACCUACCAGGGCUAUUCCCCUUAUCAGCUCACCUGGGGAAGAGACAACUCCAGCAUACAAGAGCAGCUGAAGCAGCUGACCACAGCUGACCUGCAGAUGUUGCCAGAAAGUGAAGAUGAAGAAAGCAGUGAAUCUGAGCCUGAAUUCACGGAGGAUGAACUUAUGUAUGAUGACUGCCUUAUUGGAGGACGACAGCUGGCAUUUUAAAACAGCUUUCUGUGAAAAGGAGGGACCGUGUACAUAUAUAUA